GGCGCCGAGGUUUAUCCAGCCAACUCGAGAUUCCACUCCGGAGUGCGCAGGAAUGGCGGCGCUGCCCGGCGCGGUCCCCAGGAUGAUGAGACCUGGCCCGGGGCAGAACUACCCGCGCACCGGCUUCCCCCUGGAAGUGUCCACACCUCUUGGCCAAGGCCGGGUCAAUCAGCUUGGUGGGGUCUUCAUCAACGGGCGACCCCUGCCGAACCAUAUCCGCCACAAGAUAGUGGAAAUGGCCCACCAUGGCAUCCGGCCCUGUGUCAUCUCCCGUCAGCUCCGUGUUUCCCAUGGCUGUGUCUCCAAGAUUCUGUGCCGGUACCAGGAGACUGGGUCUAUACGGCCCGGGGCUAUCGGUGGCAGUAAGCCCAGACAGGUGGCGACUCCAGAUGUGGAGAAAAAGAUUGAGGAGUACAAGAGGGAAAACCCUGGAAUGUUCAGCUGGGAGAUCCGGGACCGGCUGCUGAAGGACGGCCACUGUGACCGAAGCACGGUGCCCUCAGUGAGUUCGAUUAGCAGAGUGCUCAGAAUCAAGUUCGGGAAGAAAGAGGACGAUGAAGAAGGGGACAAGAAAGAGGACGAUGGCGAGAAGAAAGCCAAGCACAGCAUCGACGGCAUCCUGGGCGACAAAGGGAACCGUCUGGACGAGGGCUCAGACGUGGAGUCAGAACCUGACCUCCCUCUGAAGCGUAAGCAGCGUCGAAGUCGGACCACGUUCACUGCUGAGCAGCUGGAGGAGCUGGAAAAGGCCUUCGAGAGGACACACUACCCAGACAUCUACACCCGAGAGGAGCUGGCCCAGAGGACCAAACUCACGGAGGCGCGUGUCCAGGUCUGGUUCAGUAACCGUCGCGCCCGCUGGCGCAAGCAGGCAGGAGCUAACCAGUUGGCUGCCUUCAACCACCUUCUGCCUGGAGGCUUCCCACCCACUGGCAUGCCCGCCCUGCCACCCUACCAGCUGCCGGACUCUACCUACCCCACCACCACCAUCUCCCAAGAUGGUGGCAGCACAGUGCACAGGCCCCAGCCCCUUCCACCGUCAACCAUGCAUCAGGGUGGGCUGGCUGCGGCUGCUGCAGCAGCUGACACCAGCUCGGCCUACGGAGCCCGCCACAGCUUCUCCAGUUACUCAGACAGCUUCAUGAACCCUGGGGCCCCCUCCAACCACAUGAACCCCGUCAGCAAUGGCCUGUCUCCUCAGGUGAUGAGCAUCCUCAGCAGCCCGAGUGCCGUGCCUCCACAGCCCCAGGCCGACUUCUCCAUCUCCCCGCUGCACGGAGGCCUGGACUCCGCUUCCUCCAUCUCAGCCAGCUGCAGCCAGCGGGCAGACUCCAUCAAGCCAGGAGACAGCUUGCCCACCUCCCAGUCUUACUGCCCACCCACCUACAGCACCACCGGCUACAGUGUGGAUCCUGUGGCUGGCUACCAGUACAGCCAGUAUGGCCAAACUGCUGUUGAUUACCUGGCCAAAAACGUGAGCCUGUCCACACAGCGCCGCAUGAAGCUGGGGGAACACUCUGCCGUGCUGGGACUUCUCCCUGUGGAAACAGGCCAGGCUUAUUAGGGCCCUUGGGGUGACUCACCCUAGCCAAUGGCCCAGCCUAACCCUGAGCCUCCCCCAUCUCAAUCCCCUCAUGCCCCUGGGGUUGCAGGAGGCCAGGGAAGGAACCUUUCCCCUUCCUACAGGCAGCCCUCUGGAGACUGACAACCAAUGUAUCAUUCACCCAUGGUUAACGACUCAGAGUGGCCCCUUGGGUCUUCCUCUGUCUCCCGAGGGAUUCCUAGCCAUCUUGCAGUGAUCUCGAGCUCACAUCCAUC